AUGUCCUCACUUCUGCUCCUCUCUGCGAUUGCGGAGGGAGUAGCUUCCUUCGUCCUCCCCAUCAUCGAUGCUUUUGGACCUCCAAAAUAUGUAGAACAUAAGUUCUACUUCGAGGUAUUCCAACUUAUUCAAUUCACAAUGUCUAUCGCUGCGAUGGCCUAUCUGCAAGCUCUGAUGAUCUACUACAAUCGAAAGAUGCAACGGCGCGAAAGGCUACGCCAGAGGUUGGUACAGGGUUUGAAAAACAAUACUGACAAUCACAUUGAUGAAGAGGAUGAGGAGGAUGAUGAGGAUGAAGAAAAUGGAUCUAACGAAAGUCCAGCUGCCAUUCCAACUAGUCCACCAGAUGGUAUGAGUCCCUCUAUCCAAACAGAGGAUAGCACUGAGGAAGUAUCUCACGAGAGCAACCCUACUUCAACCCCCGUACAUGGUUUGGCAUCUUCUGUAAAUAACUUUGCCCCCAUCCACGAACAGAUGCCAAAAAGCGACUCCUAUCUCAGCAAUUCAAGAAAUUCCGUCCAAUGUGGAACAGGCUACACUUUGCUACCAGCUAAAACUGUAAUCCUUCAGCCCAGCGGAUCAAGUGACGCUCAAUCCUUGCGACGGCCAAAACCGGGGAUGCCAGGCGCCAAAUCCUUGGCUGAACGAAGUGUGGCGCAUAUAGGAAGGAUGUUUGGAGACACGUUUGGAAUAAUUAGCGAAAAGAAUCCACCCUACACACAGAAUUCAGAGGGCAUCAAUCUUUACCUUCGUUUGGGUACUGUGGUGUUUGGAUUUGGUGUCAUGAUUAUGGACGGUUUUCGUGUGGCCGAUCAAUUCCGUGCAGUAAACAGUGAAAGAACCUGUCAUAGUAUCCUCUGGAUCCCUCUGAAUGUGAUCCACGCUAUCUACAUCUUCUGGCAGACCUACUUUCUCUUCAAGUACCACCGAGUGACCUUCAAUGUUCAAAAGUUCAUCAUCCGGUUCAUUUUGAGCCACAUGGCUGUUGUCAAUUUGGGCCAGUGGUUGAGCACGGUGGUGGAAGAGGUGGUCUCCUCUGAGGAAAAGUCAGAACAUUUAACUAACACGAUGCGCUCUCUUGCUGAUGCAGUGGUUGCCAAACAGUCACUCACUUCGGAUUUAGGCGUUCCAGCUCAUGCUACUCUAAAGGAGACGAGUCAAGAACCAAUUACAGCGAAAGACUUAGAAAUAGUAAACAAGCUUAGCGAUGAUGUUUGA